AUGCGUAUGGCGCGUGCUGGAGUUUUGCGAGCCGUAGUAGUUACUAGUAUAGUAUGGUUGUUGAUUGAUGUUGUGGUAUUAUUCUAUUACCUAGAUUCUGGUAGCUCAUCAGGCACACGAAAUAGACAAAGUGUUCCUCUUCGUGCGGAACGCCUAUCAUUAACAGACAAUCGAGUACCCUUAUCACGAGCUUCUGGAGAAUCCGAGAAGAAACAGGUUAUUGAUGCUCCACGUGCCAAGCUGUUGCCGCAAGGCUCAUCCACUCUUGAUCCUGCAGUGCAACAAAAACUGAACAAGCUUUUGAGCUGUGAGUAG